AUGGUUUCGAUUUUGAAUUCUAUUGAUACUGGCCACGAAGAUAUGAUACAUGAUGCUGAAGUGGAUUAUUACGGAUUACGUUUAGCAACAUGUUCGUCAGAUAACAGCAUUAAAGUAUAUGAUAUCAAGAGUGGAGCGUCCACCCUUAUUGACGACUUGAAGGGACAUUACGGGCCCGUAUGGCAGAUAGCUUGGAGUCAUCCUAAAUUCGGAAAUCUUUUAGCAUCUUGCUCCUAUGACAGAAAAGUGAUAAUUUGGAAGGAACAACAGAGAAAAUGGGUGAAAUAUUAUGAAUAUGCCAAUCACGAUUCCAGUGUUAAUUCAGUACAAUUUGCUCCCGCCGAAUUAGGAUUGAUCUUAGCUUGCGGUAGUAGUGACGGGUCUAUUUCUGUUUUGACCUAUAAUGUUGGAAGUAACAAUUGGGAUGCUAAGAAAAUACAAAAUGCACAUGCAAUCGGUUGCAAUGCAGUCAGCUGGGCACCUGCCAUAACUCCUGUAUUUAGCAGUAAUGAGCCAGAGUCGCAACCUAUUAAGAGACUUGUUUCUGGUGGGUGCGACAACUUAGUGAAAGUUUGGAGAGAAGAUGGAGAUAGGUGGAUAGAGGAGUCCAAACUCGAAGUCCAUUCAGAUUGGGUAAGAGAUGUGGCUUGGGCGCCGUCUGUAGGCCUUCACAGAUAUACAAUAGCUAGUUGUUCACAAGACAGGAGGGUAGUUAUCUGGACCAGUAACGACUGUAUUGACUGGAACUCAACAGUACUGCACACAUUCGACGAUGUCGUUUGGAACUUAAGUUGGUCUCUAAACGGAAACAUUCUAGCUGUAUCUGGCGGUGAUAAUAAAAUUACCUUAUGGGAUCAGAACUCUGAAGGCAACUGGCAGUGUAUCAGUGACGUACAAAAAGGACAGGGGCAGAUUAAUAAUCAAUGAUUUUUUCGAUUUGUAAUAAAUCAGCUUAGUUACAUUGUUUUGUUCAUUUCUUCUAAUAUAUUUAGCUACAUUUAAGAUAUAAAUUUUAAUAAAACUUUAUACUAGAAAUCUUGUUUCAGU